AUGAAAUUCCUUCUGCUUACUGUUGGAUUGGCCCUCAUUUGUGCCAUCCAGGCCAUUGAAAACAUCUACUCCAAGGAAGAGUUAGUGGUUGAAAAGCUUAUAGGGCCAUGGUAUCGCGUAGAAGAAGCAAAGGCCAUGGAAUUCUCAAUUCCCUUGUUUGACAUGAACAUUAAGGAAGUGAACCGGACUCCUGAAGGCAAUCUGGAACUGGUUGUGUUAGAGCAGACUGACAGUUGUGUUGAGAAGAAGUUUCUUCUAAAGAAAACUGAGAAGCCUGCUGAGUUUGAGAUCUACAUUCCUUCAGAGUCUGCUUCAUACACACUCUCUGUGAUGGAAACUGAUUAUGACAACUACAUCCUCGUUUGCUUGGAGAACGUCAACUACCGGGAGAAAAUGGCAUGCGCCCACUAUGAGAGAAGAAUAGAGGACAACAAAGGAAUGGAAGAAUUCAAGAAAAUUGUCAGGACUUUGACCAUACCCUAUACAAUGAUUGAAGUCCAAACAAGAGAAAUGUGCCGUGUUUAGGGAAAGCAGAUGAAGUUAUUCCCCUCCAAAAUCACCUCUCACUAUGGCAGAAUCUAUGGCGGUUUCCAUUCUGAAAUGACUAAUAUACUGAAAAUCAAGGAUACCCUUUGA